AUCGAAAGUCGAAACACAAACACUCUGACCGAGAGAGCGUCCAAAGGUUUAAGGGGCAUCGCAAUGGCGCCGGAGCGGCCGCCGAGCAUGGGGCGGCAGAAGAUCGAGAUCCGGCCCAUCGAGAGCGAGGAGGCGCGGCAGGUGUGCUUCUCCAAGCGCCGCAGAGGGCUCUUCAACAAGGUGAGCGAGCUGGCCAUCAUGUGCGGUGUCGAGGCGGCCGCCCUCGUCUUCUCCCCGGGCGGCAGGGUCUUCUCCUUCGGCGACCCCUCCGCCGACGCCGUCAUCGACCGCUUCAUGUCCUCCAGCUCCUCGGAGGAGCUGGCCGAGGCGGCGGCGGACGACGGAGCCGGCGAGCCGCACCACCUAGCGCUGGCGCCGGAGCUGGACCGGGAGCACGGCGAGCUGCGCGCGAAGCUGGCAGCGAGCAUGGCGCGGAUGGAGGUCGCGAAAGAGUCCUUCGCGAAGGCGCGCGCCGAGGGGAGCCAGGCGGCGGCGUGGCUCGACCUGGUGUGCCAGAUGGGGGAGGAGGACCUGGUGGCCUUCGAGGCCGCCCUCUCGAAGGCGCACGCCCAUGUGUCGCUGCUCUUUGGCCGUCCGAUGCAUCGCGGCGGCGGCGAGUUUGAGAUUGGUGGCACCAGCGCAAGCGGCGGGAUGGAGAUGACGCAGCAGCAGCAACAGCAGAGGAUGAUGAUGCUGGAUAUGCCGCCGCCUACGGAGUUUGACGCCGGAAAGGAGACGAUGCAGCAGCAGCAGACGAUGAUGAUGGCGAUGCCGCCGAUCAUGGGGUUCGCCCAAACGGAGAUGAUGCAGAAGCAGAAGAUGAUGAUGUCGGCGAUGCAGCCGACCAUGGGGCUCGUCGGAACGGAGGUUAUGCCGCAGCAGCAGCCGCAGAAGCAGCACAUGAUGGAGCUGCCGCCGCUUCCACCGUCGAUUGGGACGGGGUUUAACGCCAGACCGGAGAUGAUGCAGCAGCAGCAGCACAAGAUGAUGAUGGCUAUGCCGCCGACCAUGGGGUUCCCCGGAACGGAGAUUAUGCCGCAGCAGCAGCAGCAGAUGACGGAGCUGCCACCGCUUCCGCCGCAGCUGGGGUUUGACGCCGGAACAGAGAUUAUGACGCAGCAGCACCAGCAGAUGACGGAGCUGCCACCGCUUCCGCCGCAGCUGGGGUUUGACGCCGGAACGGAGAUGAUGCAGCAGGAACAGAUGAUGAUGGCGAUGCCGCCGCUGCUGGGGUUCUCCACCGGAAUGGAGACGGUGCAUCAGGGGUUUUGGCCGCACGGCUUCCCCCAGUGAGGACAAGAUGAGAUCCAAGAAUUCAUUCUUCAGAUGCAUGCAUGAAUGCAUGGACACUCGAUCCGAACUCGGAAAGAGAUCGAACUCUAGCUGCGAUCAUGAAUGUUUUUAGAUUGUUUAUCUCGCUUUAAUUAUCGAUAUCCAUGAUCCAUCUAUCUAGAUUGUUUCUCCUAUUGCAGUGCAUCGGCAUUGCUCCAG